CCCCCCCCCACACUCCACUCCACUCUACUCCACUCCUCCCCACCCUCCUCCUUAUGCUCGGAAACAAACGAGCUGGAGAGAGAACAGAACAACAGGUACACACACACACACACACACGCGCGCAGCUUAGGAAGAGGAGAGUACGACAGGAGCUCACUUUGUCUCCGUGCUCCGUGGGAAGGACUCCUGGACUCUUGGAAUCUUGGGGAGCCGUUUACGUCAGGAAGGAAGGAGGGAAGGAGGGGAGGGAGGGGGGGGAGACCCGCCUCUUGAUACCGCUUGCAAGCUCUCCGUUCCCCCCGCUCAUGGGGACAGCAGACGUCCGGUUGGGCGCGCUCCGGUUCUCCUCCUGACCAUGGGGGGCUGCCAAAGCUACGUCAGCACCAGCGGCAGCGCCAGAGAGGGGGACGUCUCCGCGACAACGCAGGAGUUCUCUGAAAUCGCAGAGCACAAACUAAAGAACAACAACACGCAGGCAGCUCCCUCCCUGGAGGAGAGGCCGUACCUGACGCAGGGCUACGCGUCCGAGCGCAUCGCCGGGGUCGACGUCCGGACCCUGACCGUCCUGCCCGCCGGCCUGGACAGGGCCGAGUGGGUGGCCUGCCACACGGUCGCUUUCUUCAAGCACAUCAACCUGCUCUCCAGCGCCCUGUCAGACUUCUGCACCACGGGGACCUGUCCCACCAUUAUGGGCCCUGGAAACAUGGUGUACUACUGGACGGACGAACAGGGAAAGAAGGUCAAGUGCUCAGGCCCACUUUACACGGACUACACCAUGUCCUACAUCCAGGAGCUGCUGUCUGACGAGGAUGUGUUCCCUACUAAAGCAGGCACCCCCUUCCCAAACGGAUUUGUGUUCCUGGUGCAGAGGAUCUUCCUGUACCUGUUCCACGCACUGGCCCACCUGUACUGGGCCCACUUCCGGGACGUGGUGCACGUGGAGAUGCACCCGCACCUCAACACCAUCUUCGCCCACUUCGUGACCUUCAGCAAGGAGUUCCAGCUGCUGGAGCCCACAGACAUCUCCCCGCUGGAGGACCUCAUCUCCGUCCUCGUCCAGCACCACGGUUGCUAAGGACAACACAGACUCUGCCUUCGGCACCCCCUGGGCAGGGGAGGGGGGCAGAGGGGGGGACAGGUGGGGAUGCUACCCGUCGGACAGUCCACACCUCCCUGACUGAUUAUGGACGGACUGCUGAAAUGAAGUUUUGACAUUUUCUUCAGCGAUAACAAAGACAUGCUCAGGGAGUCUUCACACUUCUCUCGAGCAGCGAUUUUCAAACUUGGUCCUGGGGGACCCCCCUGCAGCCUGGUCUUCGUUCCAACCGCAAUCGGAAUCCAAGAGUUUUAACGAGCUGUUCGUUUUUAUUAAUUAUACUUUCCAUGUUCUGAUGCAUCAUUUACUCUCUUAAGCCGCAGCAGGUCAGAAAGAGCUGUGCAUGCCAUGAAGAAGUCCCAUAUUCACACAGUGGUACAUUUCACUACAUAAAGAGAGGUUGAACAUGUUUUAACUGAUCAAAUUAAAGACUGAGGUGAAUCAAUAGGCUCCUAAAUAGUGACACACGGCCACUAAAAACCACUGAUUUGGUAGAUAAUGAAGAAUUCAAAGACAAAGUAAAUGACAACGGGUCAAACCGACAUUGUAUUACAGUAUCUUAACACAAAGCAGCUUUGGCUUGUUUUGAUUAGCAAAGCAAUUAGGAGCCUAUUGAAUGAACUGGGCUUCCCAGUAAGAGCAAAACUGGUCUUCUUUUCUGCUUGUAGACACUGAACUCUGUUAUCUCUGCUUGCUGUGAUCGCAGCAGCGUUGUUGCAUCACUGACAGACAGAUCUCCAUAUCCUCAACCACCAGCUGGUGCCUUAACAAGGUAGAACUGAUCCAGUCUCCUACCUCCUUUUCUCUACAUGGAUAUUAAAAAUUAAGCUACUAACUAUAUAUCAUGCUUUUUUUUUUUUUUUUAAAUGUUGCACAUUUCUUUGUAAAAAUGCAUUUAAUAUUGUGCAAAAUCUGAACAUUUCAAAUUUGUAGGGGUUUGGCUGUGCAAUGAAGUCCGUCAUAUUUCACUCACGGGCGUUUUGGUUUAUCAUGUGCAUUUUUGCAAAGUAUUCCUUCUCAGCAAUUUCCUACUGUGCUCUGGGUGCCCAUCAUUGAUGUGUCACUGCUUAUACAACAUGCACACACAUGUGUGUGUGUGUGCACACACGUGCUU